AUGCCUCAAUCCGAGGAAGCUGCCGCGUUUUUCUACGCGGUAUACAGCGCCGUUCAAGAGAUACCGCCAGGAAAAGUCACUACAUACGGCCACAUCGCCCAUCUCGUUGGAGAGCCCCAGAGGCCUCGUCAGGUCGGAGUGUGCCUCAAGCAUCUUUCAGAAGACGACAACGCCGUGCAUAAUCACAACAACGUCCCUUGGCAGCGGGUUAUCAAUGCCAAGGGUAUUAUCUCUCCAAGAUCUGCACCAUCAGGUUCUCAGAAUCAGGCUGCCGCACUGAGGGCGGAGGGUGUGACGGUCACAACUGGGGCUCUGGGUGAGCUAAUGGUCGACUUUAAAGAGUAUGGCUGGUUCCCGGAUAUGCUGCCGUCUGAGCAAGAAGAAGAGGCAGCGUGA